ACAUGAACGGCCCUUGCGGCAGGGCAAGCACCGAGCGGGCAGGACGCUCCGUGCCCCGCCGGUGCUCAGCAUCUCCCUCCCCGGCACGGCUCCUGCACCGACACGUGUGCGCGGGCCGGCUGUGCCGGUUGCUGUGAGGCUCGCGGCACUGGGGUGCUGACACCCACCCCCCCGGGAUGCCCGGGGGAACCCCCAAACUGGAUGGCCAACCCUCCUGGGCCAGGGCGGCGGGCAGGACCGGCCAAGAUAACGCGGAGACACAGACCGCCACCAUGCCCGACUCGCCGGCCGACGUGAAGACGCAGUCCAGGUCCACGCCGCCCAGCAUGCCUCCGCCGCCGCCGGCCGUCACGCAGGGAGCCACGCGCCACCCCUCCUUCACGCCAAACACCAAUCGAGACGCUGGCCCUCCGACGUUUCUGCCUCGCGGCCGUUUUCAUGGUUGCUUGAAAUGGUCGAUGGUCUGUCUUUUGAUGAACGGGAGCAGCCACUCGCCGACCGCCAUCAAUGGGGCUCCGUCCACCCCAAACGGGUUCAGCAACGGGCCGGCCACCUCCUCCACCGCCUCCCUCUCCACCCACCAGCUCCCGCCGGCCUGCGGCGCCCGCCAGCUCUCCAAGCUCAAGCGGUUCCUCACCACGCUGCAGCAGUUCGGCAAUGACAUCUCCCCCGAGAUCGGGGAGCGGGUGCGAACCCUCGUCCUGGGGCUCGUGAACUCCACGCUCACCAUCGAGGAGUUUCACGCCAAGCUCCAGGAGGCCACCAACUUCCCGCUGCGACCCUUCGUCAUCCCCUUCCUCAAGGCCAACCUGCCGCUGCUGCAGCGGGAGCUGCUGCACUGCGCCCGCAUGGCCAAGCAGACGCCGGCCCAGUACCUGGCCCAGCACGAGCAGCUGCUGCUGGACGCCAACGCGUCUUCUCCCAUCGACUCCUCCGAGCUGCUCCUGGAGGUGGGCGAGAGCGGCAAGAGGAGGACGCCAGACAGGACCAAAGAGAACGGUUUGGACCGAGACCCUCUGCACCCCGAGCACCUCAGCAAGCGGCCGUGCACCAUGAGCCCGGCGCAGCGCUACAGCCCCAGCAACGGGCUGAACCACCCCCCCAACGGGCUGGGACACCCCCCCCCGCCGCCCCCCCCUCUCCCCCAGCACUACCGCCUGGAGGACAUGGCCAUGGCGCACCAUUACCGCGACGCCUACCGUCACCCCGACCCCCGGGAGCUCCGCGAGCGCCAGCGACCCGCCGCGGUGCACGGGACGCGGCAGGAGGAGGUGAUCGACCACCGGCUCACCGACCGGGAAUGGGCGGAGGAGUGGAAACACCUCAACAACCUGCUGAACUGCAUCAUGGACAUGGUGGAGAAGACGCGCCGGUCGCUGACGGUGCUGCGGCGGUGCCAGGAGGCCGACCGCGAGGAGCUCAACCACUGGAUCCGGCGCUACAGCGAUGCCGAAGACAUGAAGAAAGGCAGCCCCCCCUCCGCCCGCCCCCACAACAGCUCCUCCGCCUCGGAGGCACCCCAGUUAGAUGCUCACCGGGAGUUCGCGCCGCGGCCCCUCUCCGGGUACAUGCCGGAGGAGAUCUGGAGGAAGGCUGAAGAAGCUGUGAACGAGGUAAAGCGUCAGGCCAUGUCCGAGCUGCAGAAGGCCGUGUCGGACGCCGAGCGGAAAGCCCACGAGCUGAUCACGACGGAGCGAGCCAAGAUGGAGCGAGCCCUGGCCGAGGCCAAGCGCCAGGCUUCGGAGGACGCCCUGACCGUCAUCAAUCAGCAGGAGGACUCGAGCGAGAGUUGCUGGAACUGCGGACGCAAAGCGAGCGAGACCUGCAGCGGCUGCAACACCGCUCGCUACUGCGGCUCCUUCUGCCAACACAAGGAUUGGGAGAAGCAUCACCACGUCUGCGGGCAGACUCUGCAAGGGCUGCCGGCCCCCGCCGCCCCCGCCGCCGGUGUGGGGCUGCCGCCGGGUCCGGGCCAGCCCGACGGGGUGGCCACCAUCGCCAGCAGCCCCAGCGAGACGGGCUCGGCGGCCGCUUCCCGCGCCGGCACGCCGGCCACCCCGGCUCCGCUGGAGAGCGCGUCCCGCUGAGCCGCCCUCGGACUGCCGCCGCCGCCGCCGCCGCCGCCGCUGCUACCACCGCUCUCCAAAAGACACGGACUGCACUCGAUGCAAUUUCCUCAGCUACCUGACUCGUGUGACCUCCGAAACGACCUCUCUAGCUCUCACAAAUAAUCCUCACGGAUCCUCAAACUGGGCUUUAAGUGGAGUUAAGGCAAAUACCGGUCUUCUCUGUUCUCUCUUUGGUCUUUGUUUUGGCUUUUUUUGGUUGGUUUUUCUAUCUGUUGGGGGAUUGCGGUUCGGGUUUGGUUUUGGUUUUUUGUUGGGUUUUUUUUUUGUUUGGUUUUUUUUGGUUUUUUUUUCUUUUUUUCUUUCCGGAUGAGGGAUUUGGCUGUAGCCUCGCCACGCAGUGACGUGGGGAGAGGUCGGCCCAGCCCCGGCCCGCAUUGGCGCUGCCGAAGGGCUCGCUUGCAGGAGGAAAGAAACUUCUUUUCUUCGUCUCUCUCUUCCUUGUUUUUUCUUUUUUUUUUUUUUGUAAAAAAAAAAUAAAGAAAAUAAAAAAGAAAACGUCGGACUCUUUGGCUUUAAGUAAGAAAUUGUAAAAAAGGAAAAAAAAAAGAAAAAAAAAAAGAAAAAUCCAAAAACCAGACGACGCCAAGUCAAGCCGCGUGACGGACGCUCACCUGUAACUACCUUGCUAGCUAGCCAAGAACAGACCAGACUCACCUCUGCUCCAAAGGAAAUCCAAAACCAAGGAAGAUCCAAACGUCUCUCCACUGCCAAAGUUCGUUUCGUUCUGUUGUCGCUUCCUUCCCCUCCCCGUAAGGAUGGACGGACGCGCCCCUGGGGCUUUAAAGAGUUUCUAUUAAAAUAAAGCAAAAAAAAAGGUGUUUUUUUUUAAAAAGCAAGCCUCCGAGGCGUGGGAGGGGGAGAUGGUGGCUGAGAACCGCCCGGGUGGGCGCAGCUGGAGCUGGCACACCUCUACCUCUGCCCGCCGCCGCCCUGGAAAAAGAGAAUAAAAAAAGAGAUUAAAAGACAGAUUUUGGUUUUCUCCCUUCCUGAAGCCGUCGGGGGCCGCCUGCGGCCGGACCCCCCCUCCAGCCCCUCGCUGCCGGGCUGCUCUCACACCCCAUGUCGGAUUUAUUUUGCAAGGAUUUUUAAGAGGAAAAAGGAAAGGAAAGGAAAGCGAGCACCACCUCCUUCCUGGCCGAGGAGGCAGCCAAGGACGAUGUCGAUUAUUUUGUAUUUCUCGCAUCAUUGUACAAAGCGCAGAGGACGGGAGUGCAAUACGGAAAGUCCCCCGGCUCCGAGAGGAGGGAAGCCCCGCGCGGGGCAGGAGUGCUGUACGCUAAUGUGAAUGUAAAUAGUGUUUUGCAGAGGUCCAAAAAAUAAUAAUAAUAAUGAUAGUGAUAAUAAUAAGAGACAUUUGCCAAAUAAAAGAUGAUGAGAACCCGCUGGAGGCUGUGGCGUGGGGGAGCGAGGCUGGCCGGAGGCGAACAGAAGUCGUGUGCUCGAUAGGAGCUGUAGUUUUUCCGCAUUUGCAAAAACCAUCCUGUGUGUUUUUUGUAGGGGAGGAAGAGGAGGGAAGGGCUUGGGGCCGGGUCGGUUGUGUUGCCGGUCACCCAGGGGCCCAGCUGCGGCUGCCUUCUGCGGCAGCCGUGCCGUGCCGUGCCGUGCUGUGCCGUGCCGUGCCGUGCCACGCUGCAGCAGAGCUCGGUGCAUGGGGGACCCCUGAGGCAACGUUACCGGCCCCAUGCCACCAGCACCGAGCCCUGCUGCAGGUUUCUGUGCACCCCAAGGUGUCAGUGCAUCCCCCCGGGGGGUUUCUGUGCACCCUGAGACCUUGGUGCAUCUCCCCGGGGGGUUUCUGUGCACCCCAAGUCUUCGGUGCAUCCCCCCGGGGGGUGGUUCUGUGCACCCUGCGGCUGGGAGCUUUGCUGGGUGCCCCUCAAGUGACUGUUCACUUUAUUUAUGGUGUGACAUAUGUAAUAUUGUCUAUUUUUCUUACGUUUCCUGAGAAGAGGUAAUAUAUAAGAGUAUUGCAGAUGCACCCGCUGCGGGGCCGCCUGCUCUCCUGGGUGUCCGUCCCGUCCCUGCCCUUCCCACCGCGCGUGUCCCCGCGUGUCCCCGGCCCCGCUCCGCGCUGGGGCUCUGCCUCUCUACCUCCGCCUCGCCGGGAAACCGCGGACGAGAGCAUUUCCACAGAGACUGCUCUCGUUUCCACUCCCUUCUGUUUUGCUUUUUUUUAAUUAUUAUUUUCUUCUCUCUCUUUUUUUUUUUUUUUCCAAAUAAUAAUAAAAAUACCCUACAGAACCUUGUAUUGAAACCAAAAGCCGAGGGAGGGAGGGGACAGGCGGCGCGGCACUAGCAGACGUCCAAACCAGAACGACAGCUUUAAAGUGUAAUAUUUCCCAAAAAAUUAGUGAUGCGGGGAGGACGGCAGCGGCAGUGCGGCCGCGGGGCCGGAGUGAUGCGGGUGCAGAGGGGGCCGUGGCGGCCGGGGAGGCUCUGGCCGGAGCAGCGGGCGCUUCCGUGGGGUUUUGCUCCAAAACGGUGUCGGAGCGUGUGGGGGGCCAGGGGACGCGUGUCCCAUGCCGCGUCCUUCGGUGGCUUUGUGGCAUCUGGGAGAUGGCAGACGGAUGAGCCUCGUGGUGCCGGUGCAGCCUGGCCGGUGGGUAGGGACACCCCAGUGGCUGUGGGGCAGUUCGGGGACGCCGGGGUGCCCGGGCACAGUCCUCUGCCAGAUCGGGUCCCCGUGGCCGCCCACAGCUCCCCUUCUUGGGUUUUCCCCCCUCAGUCGCGGCUGGGGAUGGGGGACGGUGUUGGCGGCGUGGGGACAGCCUGCCCGAGGUCCCGUUCCCCGGGGGGAGGCAGAGCCCAGGGUGCUGAGUGCUGGGUGCUGGCUGCGGCACCAGGCUGGACGAGGUGGCAGGAGAGACGUGGCUCUCCUCCGGCACCGAGCGUGGCACCGGGGCCCCAUCCCCGGCUCCUUUCUCACGUUCCCAACCCGAAAUCCCAGCUGAAACCAAAGUGCCGCAUCCCAGCGAGGCAGGGCACCCCGGAGCGGGGGUCCCACACCUGCCUGGGCUUUGCUCCAUCACUGUCGGAGCCCCCCACAGCCUCCCCUUGCCCUCCUCCUCUGGGGCCUGCUGGGGUCCCCCCUUCUCCUCGGGGUGCCCCCCUGGAUCCCAGUGGGUUUGAGGUCGGGAACAAGAUGCCACCUUGUUCCCAGGUCCUAGGCGCCGUGCUGGGGUGUCCCCGCCGCGGUGCCAGCCCCGGGGGCUCCUCCGAUGCCGCCCAACGCCACGGCCCCGGGCGGGAGGUGUCGUGCCACCGUCCCCACUCGCUCACGGCCGCGCGGGCAGCACCGGUUCCCUGGUCCCGUGCGGGGCUGAGCCCUGCCCGCGUCACCCUGCCAGCCCUGGGGACGGGGACGCCGGGGCACGGGGGUCCUCGGGGGGACCUGGAAACCAGAGCCCCCCACCAGGGCCGGGUGGGCACGGCGGCAGCCUGCCCUGCCCUGUUGCGUGGGUUUUGGGGGCCAGUCCAGAGAGAUGACGUGUUAGGACUUUCCUUCGGCAUGCUGUCCCCCCCCCCCUUGCUGUUUCCCGCUUUCUCUAAGUGUACUGUAUGUUUGACCUGUGAAAGAUGUAAACUUUAUGAUUCAGGUUCUGUCUGUUCUUAACUCUGUAUCUGUGUAAUAAAGACAAUUUAAUAUCAA